CAGCUGCUCCGGGUUUUUAGAACUUCAACUAUAAAAAUGGGCAGGAUUUUCCUUGAUCAUAUCGGUGGUACCCGUCUGUUUUCCUGUGCAAACUGCGAUACAAUCCCGACAAACCACUCAGAACUCAUCUCCACUCGAUUCACAGGCGCCACUGGCAGAGCACUUCUUUAACUACCUUUUAACAAGGUAGUUAACCUGCAGUACAGUGAAGUCCAAGACCGGGUCAUGCUCACUGGCCGCCACAUGGUUCGAGAUGUGAGCUGCAAAAACUGCAAUAGCAAACUGGGGUGGAUCUAUGAGUUUGCCACUGAAGACACCCAGCGUUAUAAGGAAGGCCGUGUGAUCCUAGAAAGCGCUCUAGUUCGAGAAGGUGAGGGCUUUGGGGAGCAUGUACCAUCUGAUAACUCUUGAAGAAAAAGAGAUAAAUCC